AUGGUACAGAGGGCAACACCACAAAGGCCAUCACUACAGAGGCCAACAGCACGGAGGCCACACGCACGGAGGCCACCAACAACGGCACGCAGGCCAACGGCACGCAGGCCAACAGCACAGCCUCCAAAAGCACGCAGGCCACUGAUGCGGCCAACGGCACAAAGACCAACGGCACAGCCGCCAACAGCACGAAGGCCACCAGCACGGAGGCCACCAGCACGGAGGCCACCAACAACGGCCACUGAUGCGGCCAACGGCACAAAGACCAACGGCACGGCCGCCAACAGCACGAAGGCCACCAGCACGGAGGCCACCAACAACGGCACGCAGGCCAACGGCACGCAGGCCAACGGCACGCAGGCCAACGCCACUGAUGCUGCCAACAGCACACAGGCCAACGGCACGGCCGCCAACGACACGAAGGCGAUCAACACGGAGGCCAACAGCACAAAGGCCAACGGCACAGACGGCACGCAGGCCAAUGGCACGCAGGCCAACCGCACAACGGCCAACGGCACGGCCGCCAAUGGCACAAAGCCCACCAGCACGGCCACCGAUGCGGCCAACCGCACAACAGCCAAUGGCACGGCUGCCAAUGGCACAGCCAGUAGGGCCAACAGAAAGCAAGCCAACAGCACGGAGGUGAACAGCACGGAGGCCACUGGGACGGAGGCUAAGACGAACCAGGCCUUCACUGCAUCAACCGCGGCUGCAAGCACCACAAUGCCCGCUGCAACCGGUGCGAUCACGACAGCCGCCGCUACCUCCAUGACAGCAAGCACGACAAAUCCCUCAGCUCCCUCGACCUCAACUACAGUCACUUCAACUUCGACUGCUUCACCUACAAGCACAUUCCCAUCUGCCCAUUGGACUGAGCGCGUCAUCGUGCGCAGCGUGAUUAACCGCACGGAGCUGAAGGACAACGACACCUUUGUGAAGUUGCCCGCGGAUUUCAAGAGCCCCCGCGAGAGCCCGGACAGCAACGGCACGGAUGCCAACGGCACGGCGAACUCUUCGCUCCCGAUGCCAACCAUGAUGUCCAGGGCUACGCAGGCGGCGCUGGCGAACGAUCGCGAGGCCACCUCGCAGGUCUUAGAUGAGACGCAGUUCUGCGAUGCGAGUGGAGAGACCCGCAUCGUCAACGACCCCGCGGAUUUCAAGCUGCCCUGUGUCAUCAACGGCAAGUUCACCCGCUGCCAGCGGUGGCUGCUGCGGCCCGCGAGGAAUCACGACAAGAUCAUGCUGCAGAGCUUCUGGCUGGUGGCCUUUCUGGGGGUGAUGCUGGUGCUGCUCGCCUUCCUCUGGUACAGGCAGAGCAUCAAGCAGCACACCGACGAGCUUAAGAAGCUGGGCCAGGAGAGCUGGCGCCCGCGGCGGAGACGCUGGGGGCCUUCCUCGGAGGGACCUCCAGCGGCGCUUGCGUGGUGGACGUGA